AUGAAGGAACAAGUGUUCUGCGUGAUUCCUGAAGGCGUCGAACUUGACAGUACGUUCGACUGCCUGGAAUUGGUGAAGUCAAUUUACGGCCUCAAGCAAGCGUCGCGAGUGUGGAACGAGACGUUCGACGAGUAUGUGUGCUCCAUCGGAUUUCAAGUAUCGGACUUCGACCCAUGUCUCUACAUCAAGACUUCGGACGGCCAUUGCGUGUUUAUACUGGUCUACGUGGACGACGUCUUGGUGACUGGAAGCUCACUCGAGCUGAUUGCACAAACCAAGAACGACCUGAAGACGCGGUUCGAAAUGACGGACAGCGGCAAGUGUGCGUUUCGUCGGUAUGUCGAUGAUAUCCUCAAGCGCUUUGGCAUGGAUGAUUGCAAGGCAGUCGCAAGUCCAGUCGACAUGAGCUCUCGACUUGUUUCAAGUGAUGCAACUACCAAGGUCGAUGCUCCUUUUCGCGAAGCUGUUGGUGCGUUGAUGCACCUGACCACUGCAACGCGUCCGGACAUUGCGUUUGCUGUGGGCUAUGUGUCGCGGUUCAUGGAAAAUCCCCAAGAAGAACACUGGGUUGCAGUUAAGCGUAUCUUUCGCUACCUACAAGGCACCAAGACGCAUGGAAUUUGCUACAAGCCAAGUGCAAGGAUCGACUUCCGUGGAUAUUCGGAUGCGGAUUGGGCUGGUGAUCUUACCGACCGCAAGUCAACAUCGGGGUACACGUUCAUGCUACUCGGUGCGCCAGUCAGUUGGGGCAGCAAGAAGCAGCCAAGUGUUUCGUUGUCCACGAGUGAAGCCGAAUACAUCGCACUCAGCUUGGCGAUUCAAGAGGGCAAGUGGAUUCAUCGUCUGCUUUGUGAGAUCGUGAUGGCUGCCAAUGAAGAAGGACCGGAACUCAUGAUCCAUGAAGACAAUCAGUCGUGUAUCAAGAUGACGAAGAACCCAGUCAACCACGGCCGUGCCAAGCACAUUGAUAUCAAGUACCAUCACAUCCGUGAUGAGGUCAAGCGCGGUGAAGUGAAGCUCAAGUACUGUGAAACUGCGGUGAUGUUAGCGGACAUCAUGACGAAGGGACUUCACGGGCCACGCCACAAGGAGAUGACGGCGACUCUCGGGAUUCGUGAGCAUUCGGAUUGA